GUGGACGGUGUUUCAUACUCUCCUAUCUUUGCUUCCGCUCUUCGUUCUUCGCCUCCCCGCCUCCCCAGCAUCAGCAGAGCCCCCAGCGUCAGCGCCAGCCACAGCCACAGCGGAAGCAAAAGUCAGUCCGCCGCCCCGCGCCCCCGAAGAGGCCCAAGCGCAGACGGCCUCAUACAGAGCAGCGGCAAAAUUUGGCGGCCUCCACAACCACCGACCGCUCCACCAGCCGGCGUCGUCUUUGCCAGUCAUCCCACAUCGCAUCCACCAUACUCGUGCAGAAACGUCCAUCCCGUAUUCUCUCCGAAGAGCACAGUGCUGAAGCCCACAUCGGCCCAUACUCAUCCAUACCGAACGUCGUUUGUGGCAGCUUGUACCGCCCACAAACGACCCGCGCGCCACCAUGCCCUUCCCGCCCUCUAUGCCCGUGGGGCAGCAACCGCUUGCCAUCACGCCGUCAUCCGAUGUCGCGCAGCAAGCUUUCGGGUUCAACUCCACUGGCAACUCGUUCCCAAGGCAGAAUAGUUUCGGGAUGCAGUCUCAAGGCGGGCCAUCCAGGUGGGACCCCGCGAGUCAGUCGGCCCAAGGAAUCGGUCAGACAAACGGCAAUGCGGGCAUGGUCAGUGGUCUAAGUGCGCUCAUGCGAUCUAGGGGAACGGAUGUGGAAUUGAACUCUUCUCCUCCUGGUGGGACUCAGUCAUCACUCUCAUCGAACCCCCACGCUGGGUUUCAUCCUUCAUCGUACGGGCCGAACAUUGGGUUCACUGCGUUUGCACUGGGAUCAUCCGCACAAGGGGCUGGGUCAUAUCUUGGCACCAGUAACUUGGGCAUGAGCAUCUCGCCCCCGAAUUGGGGUUCAUUAGGUUCGGGAAGCUUCGUGGGUAGUAUGGGCGCAUUCGGCACGAGCCUGAAUAGGGAGCGGGAAGGGAGAGAAAGGGAACUGGAAGCGCGGUAUGUGAAAGACUUUAGUUGCUGUGGAAAACGGUUAAAUGGCUUGCAUGAGCUGCUCGAACACUACGAAGAAGAACACGCCAAUAUGGCACCAAAUGUGCGGAUAGCUGCGUUGAAUGCGGCGCAAGGUGUCAGCAACUCCCCUCGAAAUGUUGGAAAUCCAUUUUCUGCUAUCCCGCCAACUCCUGCGCCUUUGGUUCCCCAGCAAUCUCAAACGCCCCAAGUAGCGGCUACCAGCGAUGCGCCACAACCGCCGGGUAUGAUGGAUAUUGAGAUGGAAGACUCUGCUGUCUAUUCACAGCCGAUCAGCAUGUCGCAGAUACAGCAACAGCCGCAAUUUGGAGUGCGGACUCCCGGAUUGAGUGGACCACCAUCCGGCACGAACCCGUGGGCGGCUGCCUUUCGGCCGCAGCUCUUGGCUACACCACCACAAUGUGUCCCGCCAAGUCUGCUGUCAUACGCUCCUCCUACGUCGGGUAUAGCGGGUGCUCCAUCUAUCCCUUCGUCCGCUCCAAGUCCUGCGCCACUCACACCUGAGCAACAAGCAGCCAAAGCAGAGCGGAAAGCGCGAAAGAGAGCCGAGAGAGCGGCCAAGGAUGAAGGAUCAGCGAGUGAGACGGAAGGUGUGGCUGUUGCGGGAGAAAAAAGAUUCCCUUGUCCUAUCGAAGGAUGCGGCAAAGUGUACAAGCAGGCCAAUGGGCUCAAGUAUCACUUGACAAGAUCAAUCAAUUCCGGACAUGGCACAAUACCGCCUGGCGGUCUGGCAGCGUUACUAGGCGAAAAAGGUGGUGAAGUAGAGGGUUAGAUCUUUCGUUCAGUGUUUCUUCUUGGAUUUUCUUUUCUUUUUUUUCUUUUAGGUCCCUAGUGUAGUCUUGUUUUAUUGUGUUGGGGAUUUUCCUUGUACAAGGGUAUACCAGGGUUCAUGCCGUAUAUGGUGUAUGUAUGUACUACACGCAGCUCGUACAAGUAGAGAAAAUCAUGAUAAUAGAAAAAGAUGCCCGAGAAAGAACUU